GUGCAGACGCACAAGCUUUUAGGCUUGGAGGGGGCAACGUAAUGCCACCAAGACUUGAGUUGACGGAAGUUCUACUCAAAUAGCUGAAGGGCUUCUCCGCCGUCCGCCUGAUGGAGUGAACUGAUGAUCACCUUGCACCUUGCAACGGCCCCCUUCGCAAUUCAUUGUCAGCUGUCCGGGGCGCUAGAGACAGCCUCUCCUCGUUUUCUUUGUUCAGAGUUAAAUAUAAUCCCUUGGCAACCUUGACCCAGACAAACCCCAAAUAUUGCUCUUCCACCUCUUUCCCCUUAUCUGCUGGAAUGUUGACGACCCGCAAAGUUGCUGCUGCCCUAAUAGGGCUUGCCUCUACCGCCUAUGCUCAGGUUUCCAGCGCCUGUCAAGGCGAUGUGUGUUUCGGACUCAAUAUUCCAGAAAACACUGCUUCCUCAGGAGAUGGCGACAUUUUCUUUCAAUUGACAGCACCGACCAGUUACUCAUGGGUCGCCUUGGGCCAAGGCGGCUCCAUGUCUGGGUCCAACAUCUUCGUCAUGUAUACCUCAGCCGAUGGAAAGAACGUGACGCUUUCUCCUCGACUAGGUACAGGGCAUGUCAUGCCGAAUUACAACGAAGCGGCUAAGGUCACACUCCUUGAUGGAUCUGGCGUGUCUAACGGGAAGAUGGUAGCAAAUGUCAAAUGCUCAAAUUGCAACUCUUGGUCCGGUGGUUCCAUGGACUUCACCUCCUCUGAUGCUACCUGGAUAUAUGCAAGCAAAUCAGGAAGUGCUUUGAAUACCGACGAUAAAAGCCAGAGUAUCUCUCAGCACGGAAGAUACGGAAAGUUUACCUGGGACUUCGCACAAGCGAAAGGCGGCAGUAGUGUCAACCCGUUUACGUCCUCGUCCAGCACUUCGGGGUCAGGUUCAAGCGGAGCUACUGGGACACGGAGCUGCACCCCGAGGAGCUCUUCCAAUUCAGGAAGUAACUCAGGAAGUACUUCGGCCGGAUCUUCUGGAGGUAGCACAACUACUGCUAACGGUGGUUAUCCGUGGACGGGACGGCCCACGGCCCGCCCAACUGGCUAUGGUGGGUGGAAUGGGAACUACCCCAAUUCUGUUCCUUCCGGCUUACCUUGGCCAGGGCCGAACUCCAAGCGCGCGUCGGACGACAACUACUGUGACGAUGACGGCAGUUCCUCCGGGGGGAACAGCGUUAACAGCUUUGGCGCGAAUCCGUCGAAUCCGCUACAACUGAGCGGCCAACAGGGACUUUUUGGUAGCCAUAGGGAUAUGCUGAUUGCGCAUGGAGUGUUGGCUUGUCUGGCCUUCGUGAUUUUCUUCCCCUUUGGCGCAAUCAGCAUCCGGCUCUUCAGUUUCCCAAGCUUAAUUUGGUUCCAUGCAGCCAUCCAGAUACUCGGUUAUAUGCUCUUCAUUGCGGCUUUCGGAAUAGGUGUCUACAUCGCCACCCAAAUGAAAGCGAUGGACAUGUACCACCCCAUAAUCGGCAUCGUGCUCUUCGUUCUUCUUUUUUUCCAGCCAAUACUUGGCUUUAUGCACCACGCUCUUUUCAAGAAAUACAGAAAGCGCACCUUGUGGUCAUACGGUCAUCUUUGGCUCGGCCGGAUUAUCAUCACGCUCGGAAUCAUCAACGGAGGCCUCGGCCUGCUUUGGGCGGACAAUGCGGGCCAGUCUGCGUAUAUCGCAUAUGGUGUUGUCGGUGGCAUCAUCUGGCUGAUCUACGUAUUUGCUGCAAUUUAUGGUGAGAUCAAAAGGGCAAGAACCCCGCCCGCCUACGCCGGUUCUCCACCUCGGAAAGGUUCCGGCACUAGCAACAGUCCCGUGUCAUCAGAUAGGCGAGAAGAGUACUACGGUCGCGCGCCUCUCUGUCAGGUCUAUGACAGCAUUUUCCUUGACGUGCCCAUGUCGAGGGUCAAGUUCGACGCAAAGAACGAGUACACGUAUUUGCAGAACUUCAAAAUUUUGCAGAACACCUUCGCCAAGCAUGCCAUCGACCACCCUCUCCACAUUGAGUCGCUCGUCAAGUGCAAGAUGCAGGACAACCUCGAGUUCCUCCAGUUCACCAAGCGCUACUGGGAUCAGUACUUCCCCGGUGGUGACUACGAUGCGCCUUCCCGUCGCAAGGGCGCUGGCGCUCCUGCCAGCGGCGGUGCCCGUGCUGGCGGCGCUCCCCGCGCCGGCUCUUCAACGGCACGUAGGGUCGCUUCUACCAGCAGCAGCGCCGCCGCCGCGCCGCCCCGCACCAGGACCCCGCAGUCCAGCGCGCAGACGGCUGCGCUCACGCAGGAGAACAACGCGCUGAAGGAGACGGUGGCGGGUCUUGAGAGGGAGAGGGACUUCUACUUCAGCAAGCUGAGGGACAUUGAGCUUCUGAUCCAGAACGCCAUGGAGGCGGACCCCGAGCUGGAGAAGGACGAGGGCCUGCUGAAGUCGAUCCAGAACAUUCUCUACUCGACAGAGGAGGGCUUCGAGAUCCCGGCGGAGCUGGAAGGCGAGAUCGAGGAGGAAGAAGAGACGUUUUAGACGAUGCUUGGGCUUAUAGCAUUGAGCGAUGCGUUUCAUAUGGCCGGGUUGGCCGCUUCACGAAUACCCUGCAGAUUGCUGUUGAAUAGGGAGUGGUAGACGAUUGAGGAGGGCUUUAGUCCGUUUGGGCUGAAAAAUGCAUAUGGAGUUUCUUCACAUCACGUG